AUGCGUACUGCUUGCAUUGAUGUGAUUGAUGUCUUUGUUCUUUGUGCAGGGGAUGUGGAAGCGCAAGGGCGCGCAUGGGGAAGGGCAGUCCUGGGCCACCAUGGACAGUUUGCUAUAACAGAUAGUUACUAUCGCCUAGACAAUACAAGGCCGAACAACUGCACGAACCCCGGAUCGGGACUUGAGGAAUGGGCGGGGACAAGGACGGCGAGGGAGGCAGGUCUGGCAUGUGUUGUGGCUGGCGACGACGAACUCUUCCGAUUGGACAGAAGCCUGACUGAGUACAGUCAUCAAGCAAGAGCAAGGGAAUUUCGCAUCGGGUCGAGAGCUGGAGUAGAGAGCAGUUGCACCAAGACUGGAGGCACGCGCGCAACGCUACACAGGACGGAACGGCUUUCGGCGCCCUGCAUUGCGCACGGAGAGGACUACGUUGAGCAAGCGUUCGCGCUGUGCGACGGCGCUGCGCAAAGAGACGAGUGUGUGCCGUGUUGCAACAGUCACUGUUUGUUGGAGGCUAUUACAGAAGCCAAACCGCGCAUCCGCACUCGCAGUUUGUCGUCAACCUUUGGAUUCUUGCACACCUUUGCGCAUUCAGCGAGUCAACACAGUAAAGCUGUGAGAGAGGCAUUGCGCGUCCAGUAUUGCAUAAGCCAGGAAAGUCAACACAGAGAGAAGAAGAAAGAGACGGACAUUGCAACCUUGGGAAUGAAGGAGGCCGAGGAUCGCGUGAUCCGGCGGUCAUCCGGCCAUUCUCAUGAACCUGCUAUCCAGGUCAUAUGCUUGGGUUCUGGAGGCGGACCGAGCGAAGACAAUGUCACAGGUUUCCUAGUUCGGUCCACGGCAACAAAAUGGUCUAAGAACUCCGUCAUUGCUGUAGAUGCAGGAUCGCAUCUUGCAUCCAUUACCCGCAUUUUGGAGAAGAGCUUCCCUCUUGUCUCAAGCCCGGAUCCACCAAUAUCCCCUCCCAAGAAUGGAAGCGGCAAAGGUGAUGGUCGACAUGUUGAAUCACCAUCACCGAGAACGGCAGAGCUCGCACUUUCUGAUGACGAGUCUGGCGGGGACACACCAAUCUCCGAAAGAGAAGUCCCGCUCACCUAUACGACGCUGAAGACGGGCGCCUUUGCUGGCUUGCCCUUUCCAUAUGCGAGCGCAAGGGCGAAUGCACUGCAUGUUGUUAGAGAGUGCAUAUCGACCUAUCUCAUAACACAUCCUCAUCUUGAUCAUGUAUCAGGCUUCGUGAUCAAUACAGCUGCGUUCCACAACACGUCGAGACCAAAACGCCUAGCAGCGCUGCCCUUUACAGUCAAUGCGAUUAAGACGCAUCUGUUCAACAACAUCAUAUGGCCAAAUCUUACAGAUGAGGAUGGUGGUGUCGGGCUAGUAACCUUUCAACGACUUGCUGAGGGGGGGAAUAUUGCUCUCGGCGAAGGUAGUAGUCGUGGGUUCAUCGAAGUCUGCGAUGGUCUCGGUGUCAAGGGCUACAAAGUUAGUCAUGGCCAUUGUAUGGGCGGCUCAGGCCACAUCCACCGUGGCUCCAAUGCUACUCUUCCAGAAACACCAACCACACAGCACACUUCAGCCACCCUUCAACCCAACUCUGGAAAAGACGGCGAAGGCCGUUCGCUGAGCUUUUCCCUCCCAACCCAAAGCGCACCUGGAACUCCCAGCUUCAACGCCUUAGAUGGAGGUCGACGAGCCAGCGCCACCACAACAGCCAUCCCGGCAGAUCACUGCGUAAUCGACUCCACCGCAUACUUCAUCCGCACCGAAUCCACACCCACCACGCCCAAACGCGAAGUCCUCAUCUUCGGUGAUGUCGAGCCAGACUCUCUCUCCCUCUCCCCGCGCACAGCCGUCAUCUGGGCCGAAGCGGCGCCCAAAAUCGCCGCCGGUAUCCUCACAGGCAUCUUCAUCGAAGUCAGCUACACCAACGCCCAAGCCGACGCCGUCCUCUUCGGCCACCUCACGCCCCGCCACCUCCUCGCCGAGCUCCAGCACCUCGCCGACCUCGUCCGCAAUAGUCGCAAGGAAACCGAGCGUGGCCGCGAAGAAGCCCGCAAACAGCGUAAACGCAAACGCGCAAGUCAGACGCUGGGCCUGGAUGGCAGCGCCGCCUCUGUUGUCGAACCUCGUCGCGUAAAGCCGUUCCAUGGAAAUCUUGGCAGCAACGCAGUCGCAAAGGGUAUCGAUAGUCCUCUUGUGGCUACCUAUCCCCGCACCGACGACGAAGCAACGGACUACGCCCCCAGCGCCGAUGGAACAGGUUUCAACACCCCGAACCCCGCGAACCAGGGCCUUGCACAAAGCACGCAUCCCUCCGCCGCCCCUGCGGCACUGCAUUUCAGCGCCAUCAGCGGAGAGCAUAGCCGUGCCCUCUUGACAGCGGCAUUUGACUUACCGCUCAAAGGCGUCAAGAUCGUUGUUAUCCAUGUCAAAGAUACAUUUUCGGAUGGGCCGUUAGUCUGCAAUCAGAUCUUGAGGGAGUUACAGGAGGGAGAGCGCGCGUUGCAGAGUGAGGGUAAGGGAUUGGGGUGUUGUUUUGAGAUUAGUCGCGCGGGCGAGAGUUAUUGGUUUUGA